GAGGGGGGUCAGAGAGGCCCGGCUUUAUAAAGGCGGCUGGAACAGCGCGGCCCGCCAGACCCCGCCGCCCGGAUCUCCUGAGCUGCCCGCCGCCCCACGUGACCGCGCCGACCCCCCUCUUUCCCGGCUUCACAGCAGCCCGCUCGUCAUGGCCCUCUUCGGAGCCCUCUUCUUGGCCCUGCUGGCAGGAGCUCACGCCGAGAUCCCCGGCUGCAAGAUCCGCAUCACCUCCCAGGCGCUGGAGCUGGUGAAGCAGGAGGGGCUGCGCUUUCUGGAGCAAGAGCUGGAGACUGUCACCAUUCCGAAUCUGGGAGGCAGAGAGGGUCACUUCUACUACAACAUCUCUGAGGUGACGGUCACAGCGCUGCAGCUGACAUCAUCUGAACUGCAUUUCCAGCCAGAGCAGGACCUGGUGCUCCAGAUCACCAAUUCCUCCUUGGCGCUGCACUUUCAGAGACAGCUUCUCUACUGGUUCUUCUACGAUGGUGGCUCUAUCAAUGCCUCCGCGGAGGGUGUAUCCAUCCGCACCUCUCUGCAGCUCUCCCGAGAUCCCUCUGGCCGGCUCAAAGUGUCCAACGUCUCCUGCCAGGCCUCUGUCUCCAGACUGUACGCAGCCUUCGGAGGAACUUACAGGAAGGUGUACGAAUUCCUCUCCACACUCAUCAUCUCAGGGAUGCGCUUCCUCCUCAACCAGCAGAUCUGCCCAGUGCUCUACCACGCAGGGAUGGUGCUUCUCAACUCCUUUCUGGCCACUGUGCCUGUACGCAGUUCUGUGGACAAUCUCGUUGGCAUUGACUACUCCCUCCUAAAGGAUCCUGUGGUCUCCACCAGCUCUCUGGACAUGGACUUCCGGGGCGCCUUCUUCCCCCUGGCCCAGGGGAACUGGAGCCUGCCUAACCGGGCCGUGGAGCCCCAGCUGCAGGAGGAGGAGCGGAUGGUGUAUGUGGCCUUCUCCGAGUUUUUCUUUGACUCGGCCAUGGAGAGCUACUUCCAGGCUGGGGCCCUGCAGCUCUCGCUGGUGGGGGACAAGGUACCCAAAGACCUGGACAUGCUGCUGAGGGCCUCCUUCUUUGGGAGCAUCGUCCUGCUGACCCCAGCAAUGAUCGACUCCCCGCUGAAGCUGGAGCUGCGGGUCAUGGCACCACCACGUUGUACCAUCAAGCCCUCAGGCACCACCAUCUCUGUCACUGCCAGUGUCACCAUCGCCGUGGUUCCACCCAACAAGCCCGAGGUCCAGCUGUCCAGCAUAAUCAUGGACGCCCGUCUCAGUGCCAAGAUGGCCCUCCGGGAGAAGGCGCUGCGCGUACACCUGGACCUGCGCAAGUUCCGAAUCUACUCCAACCAGUCUGCACUGGAGUCGCUGGCACUGAUCCCACUGCAGGCGCCCCUGAAGACCAUGCUGCAGUUGGGGGUGAUGCCCCUGAUCAAUGAGCGCACCCGGCGUGGGGUGCAGAUCCCACUACCUGAGGGGAUGGACUUCCUGCGAGAGGUGGUGACGAACCACGCGGGUUUCCUCACCAUCGGCGCUGACCUCCACUUCGUCAAAGGGCUGCGAGAGAUGAUCGAGAAACGGCCUGAGAAGAACCGACCUGCGGACCCUGUGGCCUCCCAGGCAGCCAGUGCCCCACCACCCUCCACAGCAGCUGCCUGAGCCACCUCCACCCUGGCGGCUGCAUGGACACUGUGGCCUCCCAGGCAGCCAGUGCCCCACCACCCUCCACAGCAGCUGCCUGAGCCACCCCCGCCCUGGCGGCUGCAUUCGGGCCUCCAGCCCUCUCGUCCCCUCCUGCACCCUCACAGCUUAGUGUCCUCUCUAACCCCAGUGCCACAGAGAAGAC